CUGAGGAAUGCCCAUAAGAGCAUUCCUGAGUGGGAGAGAUCCAAAUACCUACAUCACUCUGGGGCCUGACACCGGCUUCAAAUACACACCACAUAUAGCAUAGCUGCCACAUAAUUCCAUGCAUUCUGGCUGAGCAGUUGAGUGCCUACACCCAGGCUCAUAUAUCGGGCACUGAUUAGCAGAGGUCUCAUGUGAUGUGUGGAUCUCCACGGUCCCGAACAGCAGAGACAAUCAGGAACUCGUAUAUCCAAUUAUGGCCAACUCCAAUCAAGGCACAAAGUUCAGGAGGAUUUCAAGCAACAAGAACCAAACAAGAUCAGCCUCAACAGGCAAUAUUCUCAGCAGCUUCCCGCCCUCUUACCAAGAGGUGAUAACAGCAUACAAUGCUCCCCUGGGCCAGGGCCCCAAGGGACGCUCCAAAGUGCACAGAAACAGCAGCAGUAGCCAGGGAGGAUCAUUUAACCCCCUACAUGCCGAUGGAGUUGUUGGAUAUUCAGCUUACAGCAUAACUGGUGCUACCAGCCUGGACUCUGUCAAUCCCAACGACUACGAGCGACGUCAGAGAGAUCGCCCAGUGUCUUACACCCAUUCCCACCUGGAAGGCCCUGUUUCCAGAGAUAGAGAGGCGAGAGAGGGUAGCAUUGGUGCCAGUGAAGGCAGGGGACGCGCGUCCCAUGUCCCUCCCAGCCACGCUCUGCUGGACUCUAGCAGGGAGUCCUUCCAGUCAGGCCGAGGACUCGGUCUCUACGCACGCCACUCACACUUGAGGGACUCUAUGUCACAGGACAUAAUGGGAGAGAGGGAGUUUGACUACCAACUGAGGUACAAUGCCAACACCUCCACCACGCUGCCCACUCUGUCUCUCCAGGACACCUACCACAGCAGAGAUCACUCCAGGGUACACGGACGUGGGGGUAGGGAAAGAGCAAUGUCGGCCAGCAAUGAACGAGACCUUAGAAGAAAGGUUCAGGAGUUUGAUGUGAUGCCCAUACACGAGGGCUUCACACACAGAGCUAUGAUGACUCCCGCUGCUGUCGGAGGUCCCAGUCCACCAGCUCACCUCUCCCCUCACUCCCCCCACCAGACCUCCCCAGACACAAAUGGUAGGGGUAUUAGCAAUGGAGGGGGAGCCCCUGUGAUAAUUGACCGUCAGCCCCGGGCAUCAGCAGUUGAAGCAGAGCACAACCAAUCACCUCGUAACGACGCACGAGACGGGUUUGGUGGAGAUGUUCAACAGCUCACCUACCAUCCAGUGUUCUUCUCCCCCGAGACUGGACAGCUCUUCAUGCACAUAGGCGGCAGCUACAAGCCGCUGCCAAACCAGUACUUUACCGACAAUGUCAGCAUUCCGAGGGGAACCAGCUUCAACCAGUCAGAUCAACGUUUAUCGGCAACAGAGUUGAGCGGUCGCCAGACCUCUUCAUCGUAUGGCAUGAGUGCCCCCUACGAUUAUUACCACUGCUCCAUUGCCAUGACGAUACUCUACAUCAUGUGUCUCAAUGUGGUGGUUGUCUUGGCCUGCUCACUUCCAGCACUUUGGUUUUCCAAAAAGGUCCAAGCAUUGUUGUCUGUGCGAACUUGUGCGCUCAUAAUGUGUAGAGGUACACGCAAAGUACACUGCUGUAGGGUAGCCUAGCAACGGCAGAGGAUAACUCUAAGACCAUUUAAAGCAGGUGUAUAUAGCAUAACGCAACAGCAGAGCCUCUGAGAAGGCACGCGAGCCUAAAUAUAACGGACCUGGUCCUAAUUGCUUGGGAAUGAUGAAAGUAUGCAGCAUGUGAUGGACUGAUGAUGUUGGUCCUACUCUGAAAAAAUUAUAAGUUGCAUUCUUGCAUGAUUGACGAGAUAUAUGUGCCAAAACCCACUACAAGAGUUAUUUAGUUGAAAGAACAUUACAUCAUCAACAUGUCAUGCACAUACACACAUUCAAUUUCUUGAUUUGUUCCAUCCAGGCGAUGAAGGCUAAAUACGAGGGUGAUUUUGCAGGAACACUGUCAUUCGGCACCAAGGCACUGUGCUUCAACAUCAUUGGAGGAUGUGCACACGUUCUCAUUCUCUGUGCACUGAUAUUCAUCCCCAUAAUGCUUCGAUUUGUGUUCAGUGUUGUUUAGCCUGUGCAACUUGCGUCAUGUAUAUAUUUGUGUUCAAAAGAUCAAUAAAGCUCCAUGCUUAUUGCCCAUUGAGAUUCAUCCAAGUCUGCAAUGAGACAUGUAAUUGGCAAAGUGAGUGUGCUGCCAAGUCCAUUAUGCGGUCAAACGUUGUUGCGCUUGUGAUCAAACGUAAGCAAAACCAACUGCAAUGCGAUGUGUGCGUGGAGCUCAUAAUCUGCACUGGAGACACUUAAUCUCCUCCUUUGGCCUGAUGACUGCACACGGAACGUGUGAAUAAAGGCCAGUGUUGUGCUACACAAGCUCCACAAGCUCCACAGCUGAGAGAGAGCGACAGCAGUGGAAGUUGCACAGAGGAAGAUAUGGCCCAGAGAGGUCACCUAAGCUCAGCCUCUUCGCUGACCAACCUGGACUGUGAGCCAGACUACCCUCCCCCAAGAACACGCUCAGCCAGCGAGCUCCUGGAGCACAGCUCCAUUACUAGCCCGGCCCGAUUCAAAUCCCGACAGAGGUCCCGCGAUCUCCGGCACUCUCUGGCAGACUCGAGGAGCGACUACUACAACAGUCGCCGGCCGCAGAGUAUCUCCCUCAGCUCCCAGAUCCCGGCCCACUCUGCCCUACACUCCGCCUCCAGUGUCUCUGCCCUGGGAACCAUCAGUGAGACUGGCGCGGCUCACCGCUUCUCCUCCAAUGCCCAGUUCAGCACCGAUUCCUUCUUUGCCGAGCUACCCGACACACCGCUGUUCCACUACAACCCCACCCUGUCCCUCACCGAGCUGGCCACCCCAAUGAGAGGUGGCUCAUUUCGUCACUCCAGACUCUCUCACACUUCCAGCAAUCAUGCUCCAGUAACAGCAGGGGCAGGACACAAUCAACUCAACGGGGCCAAAUCAAACGGCUUUGCAGAAUCACCUUCUGCUGCAGCAGCUUCCUCCAUGAUCCACAUCUCUGAGCCAAUUACACGAGAGUUUGUUGCCCUCUAUCUGAACCCCGUGACUGGGCAGAUGUACUCUCACAAUCAGGACUACUUCAGACCAAUCUCCAGCCCCAAAGAACUGCUUGCAGCACCACCAAAACCACAAGGAGGUGUGGCUCGUUUCGUGUGCGACAAAGGGGCAGGGCUCGACAUGGAGAUAGAGAGCGUUUCAAGCUGCGAAGAGGACCUGGAUACUUGUCCCGCUCGUGAACCGCCACUGUUGUCCGUGGAGCCUGCAGCACAGGCGGUCGGCAACAACGAUAAUGCACGCCUAAGCGACGAGACUGGCGGUGGAACAGCAACCGUCACAGCAGCAGGAAGUGCAACGUCGACCAGGCACACCGAGAGUCCGACCGCACCACCUGGUGGAGAUGCUCGUCAAACUGUGGAAACAUUGCCGGGUGCGACUGAGAGUCCAGUUCAGCUCAUAGCUAGGGAGGGAACUGGGGUAGCAAGUUCACCAACACAGAGGAGACAAACUGUUGCAGGUCCUCUAAUCGAGGAGCCUCCCCCUCAUUAUUCCAGCCUUUUCCCAGCACCUGUAACAACAAGUAGCAGUGCUACAAACAACCGCCAGCCUCAAUCCAGAGUCGGCGGUCACCGUCCAUCUGAGAGCAUCCAGCAUCCCCCGUUCACCCAACGCUGCAGUGUCUGUGACACCACCCAACCUCCACUCUCACACAAUAGCAGCCCCUACUUGUACCAUCACCACAAUCUUCACCACACUGGGCACGCCUUGCCUGGAAUGAUAGGCCAACACUACCCUGAGCACUACCUUCCAAGAGAUCAAGCACAAUACCACAGAACCAUUGUCUCUAUGCCUGGAGCCCAACCACGGAAUGUUCCAGAUGACUACAUGAAGCUAUCGUUUGUCUGCGUGUUACUGUGCACUCUUCAACUGAACUUCCCAGCCUUGCUGUGUGUCCUGCCUGCCCUUGCCUACAGCAUUAGAACUCAGAAGCUGAACACGGAAGGGAGACAUGAGCUGGCAGUGGGGUACAGCAGAAGUGCACUAACUUGUAACCUCUUGGCCUUUUGCCAGUAUGUUGUGUUUGUGGUUGCAGUGGCAACAGUGGCGCUGUAUUAUAUCCUGCUCAAUGACUAUCUUGUGGGAGUCGUAGAAGAGCAAAAGACAGAGAAGAGUAUGUCCGCAACUCUUCCGCCCUACUCGGCGCUCCCUCCUGAAGCUCCUCCGCUGUACAGCGGCCGAGGGAUGGAAGGAGAGGUCGCUGCGGAGACGACGGAGGAGCAGACGAUUCCGGAAGCCGACCACGGCCACUACAACCCACUUCCUUCUCUGCUGAAUGACGAUCAAGACAGACUCAUAUCUGCUGUCCUGCCCCGCAUCCAAGAUCACCACAUCCUGACAAUCUUGAUGAUGAUACUGUGUGGGAUUCUGCUCAACCCCAUUGCCUUCCUAUGCCUAAUUCCAGCUCUCUCCUUCUCAAAGAAAUCAAAGAGUGCCAAGCAGAGAGGGGAGUACAUGGAGGCGAGAACAAAGUCCCAGUGGUCCCUGUGGCUCAAUGUGUCUGCCCUCAUCUCCUACCUCGCCCUCAUGAUCCUGGGGGUCGGACUCCUCCUAGUGGUCCUCUUAACUUUUUAGCAAAGAUAUCUCUGUUCAAAAGUCGAUUUUUUUACCAGAUUUACUCUACGCCAUACCAUAAUUAUGUAGAGUAGUUCAUUGUUGAGU